ACAGAUGGGUUUAAUUAAUUUAAAUAAUAUCCCCACUAUAAAUAUUGUGUAUAAUAAGCAGAUAACUUCUGAAAAUCAUUAGGAAAUGGUAAGAGCACCUUUCUAUGACAAAAAUGGUGUUAAGAAAGGUGCAUGGAGUAGAGAUGAGGAUACAAGGUUAAGUGAUUAUAUUCAGAAACAUGGUCAUUCAAAUUGGCGUCAACUCCCCAAGCUUGCAGGUUUAUUAAGGUGUGGAAAAAGUUGCAGACUUCGUUGGUUGAAUUACUUAAAGCCAAAUCUAAAACAUGGGAACUACACAAGCGAAGAAGAAGAAAUUAUCAUCAAAUUACACUACCAACUUGGAAAUAAAUGGUCCUUGAUUGCUGAAAAACUGCCUGGAAGAACGGACCACGAGAUAAAGAACUAUUGGCAUAGCUACCUAAAAACAUGUUCAAAGAGCAAAAACUAUAAGGAAACAAUUUCUGAGUUGAAAUCUAAACCAUGUGAUACUGUUGAAGAAAAUGACACACAACAUUUUGUACCACCUGAAAACCCUAUCUCUGAUGAAGGUAAAGGCUUCCAUUAUAUUUUAGAAAGUUCAACAAUAACCAUAUCCAGAGAAACAUCAGUGGAAGAUAACUCUUCACCUGCCUCCAUCAACUGCCCUGUAAUGGAAGAAGACAAUGUUGCUCCAUGGUUAGUGUUUGAAUCAUUUAGUGGAGAUUUUUGGACUGAUCCAUGCACCCUAGAUGAUACAUCCACCACUAAUGAGAUAUCAAGUGAAGACAUAGACUUCUUGAUUCAAAACUUCUAUGAUGGUUCAUAUAUGUUCUAGAAUGGUCAAGUUCUUUGUUUGGUUUUUUCUGAGCUUUCUUUUAGGCUUGUUUGAGAGUUUAGCGAGGAAGGAAGGGGAGCGUUUUGGAGAAAUGUGAUUAGAGGAAAAAAUUGAUAAAUCUUUCAAAAAAAAUUAGUGUUUUUUUUUUUUAGGGAAGAGUAUUUUUUUUUCUAGUGAAUGAUAAAAGAAUACUUAUGAUAUUCCCGUGAGCUUAACUCAAUUGGCAGGGAUAUUGCAUAUUAUAUGCAGGGGCCGGGGUUCGAACCCCAGACACUUCAU